AAACAUGCCAGCAGUAUGCAGGAUACACUAGGAGUUUAUCACUUGAGCCUGCCUGUCCUGAAGCAACACUGUAAGAGUUUGUAUUUUUAAAAACGUAGCUACACACUUAUUUGCUCUGUCACAGAAUGGGGAGCAUUUUAUAAAUCCAGUCCAUGCAUCAGUGACCGAGCUAGAUGCCACCUUGCAUGUGAGAGUUUUACCCUGAGUUGUGCAACACGUAAGAUCAUCUGGGCUUUGGCAGACCAGGAUCAUGCUGUAGAGCUGGUAGUAUCUGCUGGAAAUAAGAAUCCUACUCAUUCAUGCAGGAAGUCCUCCUGAAGUCAAUGACUAGGACUUUCCAUGUAAGUAAGGUACCAGGGGAAAAUGCCAUCUAAGUACUUUCAGGAACACAACAAACGGAAGUUCUCGGAUUCCCUUAACAGCCAGCGCUGGAGAUUCUUGAAAAGUGACCUGGAUGAUUUCAGAAGCGGCUUCCCUCCGCCAUCUGACAACAUCUUCAUCUGUGGCACAAAGGGGCCUGUACCGAUUGUUCUGCGUAAUCCCGCAUCUGAUGCUUCACGCAUGGCCCAGCAGAAGGGAAGGAGAAAGUGCACCAAAACCCAAGUCAGCCCUUCCAAGCUCAGUCCAUUGCAGAAAUCUAGGCGGGAUCACAUUGCACAGACAGAAUACUGCCUGAUCCAGCACCCCCUAGCACUCUACCCUCAUCUGGAAGAAAGCGUCCCUCCAGAGCUUUUCGAAGAGGUUGUGGGCAUCCUGGAUCCUGAGAUGCGCUUGAAUAGGGAAGGUGGAUAUGAGGAUUGUGACCAGGAGAGCCGCGCUCCUCAGCAAGUGCUGUAUCAGCUGGAGGAUGGGAAAAGUAAAGAAGCGUGUCCCAGGCCAUCAGCACUUAGCAAAGAGUCCAAAGACAAGAAUCCGCAGUGCACCUACCUGUCCAAGAAAGAAGUAGCAGCAAGGGAAAAGGAGGCCAAUCUGAGCUACAUUCCUCCCCUGGAUGAGAACGUAAGGCGAGUGACUAAGGAGUUUUGUGACUGGGUGGCUUCUUUGGGAGGAGAAAAAUACAAAGUGGAUGAAGCCACCAUUCUGAGCUUGUUUGACACUGGAUAUGAAAGCAAGCUGGUGCUGUCUGUGCCCAUCCAUGUUGUGGAACUAAACAAUGUGCCAGCAGAGCUGAGAAAGUAUGUGAGUGUUUCACCUCCACUGACUGCUGUCAAGAGUCCUCUUCGUACCAGGUGCCAUCCAUGCCUUGCCAAGGAUCCAUCCCAACCAAAAUGGGAGAAGAUCAGGUAUGGAGCCUGGUACCUUGAACCAAAAACAUGGAGAAAACAGAGAGCAAACGAACCUUUAGAGGAUCCAAACACAGCAGUUGAUGCCUUUCAGAAUUUAAGGAACCAGUUUGGUGAAAAGGAGGCAGAGCUCAUGCAGCUCCAUGGAACACACGCUUUUAAGGAAUUCCUCGAAAGGAAGGGCUACCGGAAGCCUGAGUUCCUUCUGCGGAUGCUGGCUGCCGGGGAUGCUAAUGGAGCACAAGAGCGGACUUCAAAGGGCUACAAGAAAGAGUCUCUGAAGAGACCCGAGAGGAUCAGAGAAGGAUCUUCCUCCACAAUUGUUAAUUAACAUAGAGUUCGGACUUUAUUCACAAGAAACAGAAGAACUCGUGAAGCUGCUCCUGGAAGCUCCCGUAAUAGUCAUCUCGAAGAUAGGUUGAUUGUUUCCUUCUUUAGAAGUUGCUAGUCAAAUAUAGUUUAAAGAGAACUACUUGGAUUAAUGAAUUCCAGACACAUUCCAGCUGUCCUUGCUGCUCAGCCACGGUAAAAGCUGGCUGGGACACCCGGUUACAUUCGAGAGAUUUCAGCUCGAUUCUGCUGCCCUAAUUUGGUUAAGAAUCAUGGUCUGGUUUGUUACUUGCUAAGUACUCAUUGCUGUACAGAGCAGAAGGAAGUUGAAGUUGUCCUCUCCUGUAAGGAGCUUGCAAUCCAGCAACUAGAUUAUUUCUUUAGGUGCAUAAAUGUUACCAAUCUAGGUACCCCCAAGAGGCAUAGUGUCUCAAACCAAGUCUACGCUAGACAAGCUUUGCCUUCAGAGGAAACCCGCCCAGUGCUCUGGGCAGUGUAGCGUAUGACCGUUCCCCAAGUGAAAUAAGUUGUACGGCAAAAACACUUUUAGGACACUGUCUACGCUAUGGCUUCUACUGGUAUAGAAAUUCAUUUUAAAAGAAAAAUCGCUCCCUUUAACCAAUGUUGUUGUAUCAGCAAGAGUUCUAGUGAAGACCGGGCCUCAGAGGCAGAAUUUCUGCCUUGCUUACUGUUUGCACCAGGCAUAGGUGUGGGUAAUAACGGUGCGGGGGGUGCUGCAGCACCCCCAGGUUUUGUGCCCGGCCACUGGCCCUGCACCUCUGCUGCCUAUCAUCCCGGCCGCCGUCCCCUCUGCUGCUCGGGGGCUCCACUGCCAGCCCCGGGUCCCGCUCAGCCACUUGCCCCAGGUCCCGCUCAGCCACUGGCCCCAUGCCCAGAGGCUCCACUGCUGGCCCCAAGGUCCCACCUGGCCACCAGCCCUGGAUGCAGGGUCCCGGCCGCUGGCCCCAAGGUCCUGUCCCCCGACUCCUGGAUCCCGGCCACUGGUCCCUGGGUCCUGGCCGUCAGCCUUGGGAUCCUGGCCACUGGCCUUGCAUGAGAGGUCCUGGCUGCCGGCCCCAUGCCUGGGACUCCACACCCGCCUCUAGCUGGGGCCUCAGCCUCUGCCGCCUUAUCCCUGUCUGCGUCCCCUCUUCCCAGAGCCACAGCCCUGCUCCCGGCCCCAGCUCUAUGCGGCAGUGAGGGGCAUGGACAGGGCUAAGAGGGGCUCAGCACCCCGACUCCAAAAACUGUUCCGGAGCCACUGGCACCAGAAGGAGGGGGAGGUAGAAAUUUGUUGCUGGCCUAUAUGUCUGCAGCUCCCAGUGGGGUAGUGCAGCUCUGAACUGCCUCCUGUGUUUUACAGGCACCUUAGAGGGAGGCAGAGGAGGGAAAAUGAAGGAGGAAGGAAUAAUUUUGUGAGGGGACAAAAGCUGGAAGAGCAGUGUAACUGGCUGAAGGGAGCUCUGGGGACAGAGCUGAAUGCAGAAUGUGCAUUACAUUAUAGCCCCUUAAUGUGCUUUUUCCUUGCAGAUUUUUACUGCCAUCUGGCCUGGCCAGCCUUGGUUGAUCUCUGUUGUCCACACUUAGUUCGCUGCAGUCUGGCAGCAUUUUUGAGGAGCAGGGCCCUGUUCCGUUCAUCUGGAUGUACAUUUCAGUCUUUACCGCAGAUUGUCCAGCCAGCCAACCCUGCUUCCAGCUUUGGAAUAAACGUAGACUUCCCUUUACUAAAAGGGUCUCUAAAAAGCUAGCAAAAAUCUCUUUCUUCAUCUCAAACUAGUGGGAGCAGCCCCACGCAGUUACAAAUUAAAAUGAGGACAACAAACUCACCUCCCUCCCAGUGUCUAGGGACAAAAAUAGUUCUUGUCAAUACAUCCCUAUGGGUCCUGACACAGAAAUUAUUGCAAAUGGGAGAUGCCCUGGAAAAGAACCAUGUCUGAUCUGAUAGGCCAACGGCAGAGAUGUCAGGAGGGGGCACCACCUACCACAGUGGUGGCAGCAGCAGCAGGAAGCCCUGCCUCACCGAAGUGGUUAGAUAAAGAACAGAGAUGGAAUAUUUUUUUAAUGACAGUUAUGUCUAUUGCAUCAGACACGAUUACUCACAUAUCCCAGUCCUGCAAGCUACAUAAUGAUCUAAAGUCUUUGCCAAUUAACGUAUCCCUCAUCCGUGUUCCAAGAUUCGCUAGGCAGCACCUAAGCGCUCUCCUCCUCUGACACGAACAGAGACCUAGGAGAGCCUGUGUUAUAAACGGCCUCUUCCCAGCAUGUUGUGCUAAGAGGAGAUGAACUGUUUCCUCACUCCAUCAGUAGAGCGAGCCUGCUCUGUAUUACUUCCCUGGGUGAAUUCUUCAACCAGGGAAGGACCAAUCUCUCAGCCGGUUUUCUGUUUGGCUGGUUUGUUUGCUUGGUUGGGGCUUUUUGCCUAAACCCAGGCCACCCCGUCUGAUAACAGGUAGGGGGAAUCUGAGGUCUAGUUACCCCUUCUUCAGUCUCAGGGUCCUGAAUAAACAAUUUGGAGGGACUCAGUCCUGCUUUCUUAAAAAUGUGGCGUGAAAUCCUGGUGCUACUGAAGUCAAUGGAGCCAGGAUUUCACCCAUGGUGUUUCCUACCUCCCAGGGAUGGCUUGCUCUGUUACAAAUGGUUAUUAGAUGAGGUGGGUUUUAGCCCACGAAAGCUUAUGGUCAAAUAAAUUUGUUGGUCUCUAAGGAUGCCACAAGUCCUCCUCGUUCUUUUUGCUAAAACAGAAGAGAGGGUCUGAGCAUGUAAACCUGCUAGGAAAAGCCUCCUGUUCCUCUUUGCUUUGCUUUUCCCCCCAGACUAGAUUCCUCUGUUGGUGUUACUGCGCGCCCCCAACUGCGCUUCAGUAGGGAUUUGGGGACCUAGGCUCCAGUUCUGCUCCCUUGGAAAUAAAAGGGAAAACUCCCAUGGACUUCACAGAAGCAGUACAGGGCUUCUAGUGAGUGAUGUGGAGGUAACCUCAUGAGUGUGGGCUUAUUGCAUGUCUUCUGGGACUGUCUUGUUCAUUGAAACCAAAUUUGUGCCUUCUUCUAACCCCACUUUAUUGGGCAUAGUAUUCUGGGUGGGUUUUUUACACCCUCUGAGAGCACGCGCCCCGCUCUGGUUGUGUAGAACCAGCUAUAGGCACAGUUAUUCCUAUAUUUUCAAAGCACUACCCCAGCUUUUGCCCAUGAGACUUCCAGUAAAGUCCACUUGAAUCCCCCUGGGCAGGGGGGACCACUCCCUGAGCCCAGGUGGGCAGAGUCAGGCUGUGCCCACCCCUCCCACCGGAAGUUAAGAGGCGGAACCAGAACUAUAAAGGGCAGGUGCUGGACCUCAGUUGGGCGGCAGCUGCCGGAGGAGACAGACACCUUCUGCCCAUUCCUUAGGCUGGUGACCGAAGAGGAGCCCUGCCGAGCUGAGGGCUGGCCAGAGCUGCCAGUCAACCGAGAAGUCACUGGGACUGCUGCUGGCCAUCUACCUCGGAGAAACGGUCAACACCCACAGAUCCAGGUACACCCCGAGGGGAGGAAGUGGCCUAGUGACAGCCAACUCCAAUGCUGCCUGAAACCUGGUCGGUGUGUUGCGGCUAGGAUCCCUGCUGACCCAGUGCCCUCUGCCACUCUUAGGGCCCUUGUCUGGGACCCAGUGGAACAGGGUGGGCCUGGGUCUCUCUUCUCCCCCACCCCACCCCGCCACUCCACCCCUGGGAUGGCAGCCUCCCCCCUUUAGGCAAAGAGGCCUGCAUUUAUCGACCGUCCCACCAGAGCCAGGACACCCGAUUAUUUGGUGCUCUGCACCUGAGCCCCUGAACCUUUACUGCUCUGCCCUGCCUGAGGGCUGGAGCACACAGACUGCUUACAGCCUAAAAGCCAGAGCCCCUUCAAACUGUGAGUCUGCUCCCCCCGGAGCCUCACACCAGACUUCGCUAAUUCCCUGACCGUGAGCAGUGCCCACUGGCUUCCCACUGACACAGAGGAGGUGACCACUGCUAAUCCACUACACUCUGGAAGUCUGUGGCAGAGCAGGGAAUUGAACUCAAGUGUCUCAAGUCCUAGGCUAGUGCCCUAACCACUGGACUGUCCAUCCUCAGUCUCAUUCAAGUGUGACUCCCAGGCACACCCAAAACUCCCACUGUCUUAAAGGCCUUACUCUGAUAUUUUACCACUAGGAAUUUGUUGACAGUCAGAAAGGACCACAAGCCCUGCCCUGAGACAAGGAAUGUUGAACUUUUGUAACCCUGACCCAACAGGUGACUGAAGUCCGGAAAUAAAAUUCAGUCUCUUCCCAGUACUCUUGUGUGUCACAAAGCUCCUACAUGCUUAAUACGCUGACAUUAGCAAAAGCCCAGAAUCUCACAACAAGAUGCUCCCACUUCCUGUGUCCACAUUUUAGCCCCCAAAUAAGUGGUCUGGCUUUCAGAAGUACUGCAUACCCAGAAAGUCACUGAUGUCAAGAGUGCUUUCUCCUUAACCAUGUCAGUACACUAUAGAAAUAUUUUAUCUUGAAGGCUUUCUUCCUCCUUUGUGUUUUUAUUUCUUAAUUAAUCUGAUGAACUAUCUUAUUUCAUAAGCUGGAAAAAAUAAAAUUUGACAUGUAUGCCAUUUAAUGCCAGGCUCUGAUAUAAAUUGUCUCUAAAGGA